CUGCAUAAAAAUCCUCCUCUCCACUGCCUUCUCAAUCCAUUCAACAGGCCUCACUCUGUCUCACCUGGAGGAGAAUUGGGUUUCUGCACAUCAGACAAAAUGUCUUUUAGUGAGCAGCAAUGUAAACAGCCAUGCCUGCCUCCUCCUUGCCUUCAGAAAACUCAAGAGAAGUGCCCAGUGCAAGUUCCAGAGCCCUGUCCACCACCGUGCCAAGAAACAUGUCCAGUGCAAGCCCAGGAACAGUGCCUCCCUAAAUGCCAGGAGCCAUGCCAAGAAAUAAGUCCACAGCAGUGCCAAGAGUCAAGUCUCUCUCAGUGCCAAGACCCAUGUGCACCACCCUGCCAAGACCAAGUCCUGGAGCCACAAUGCCAAGAGCUAUCUCAGGUCAAGUGUACGGAAUCAGUCCCUCAAAAAUGCCAAGAGAAAUGUCUGCUCCCUAACCUGGGUAAAUAGCCAUCAAUCUAAAAUUCCACAGCUGUGGCAACAUCUGGAGGCAAA